UCCUGAGCGUGAGAAGAGAGAACUCACUCAAAAGGAACCAAUCUCGCCGGCUUUCGCUCUCGCACUCGCUUGCGGCGGCGGCGGCGGCGGCUGGGGACCCCGGAGAUGUCGUACAUGCGAGGGGACCUGCUGACGAGGACGCGGAAACUGGUGAAGGGGCUGGCCAAACCCGCGCCCACCUGGCUCAAGGCCAUGGAGCAGGCACCUCCAGUCAAAUUCCCUCGCACCGAUGGGAAGAUUCAGAAGAUAGAGCUGCCGGAGGACGUCUAUGUCAAGAAGUUCUUCAGAAAGCAUCCAGACUCGCUUUACCAUGAUGCAGUCAAGAUAAGUGGGUUUGCUCCACCACCAGCAAGAGUUUUUGCUUGGCGGGUCUUAGAGUUGAAAGAGCAGGGAGUUGAUGAGGAUGAUGCAAUGGCUGUAGCAGAUAUGGAGUAUAGUGCAGAGAAGAAAGCGAAGAAGAAAGCAUAUAAGGAACUGAAACAAAUUGCACGCAGUGAAGGAAAAAGACCACCUCCAAAUCCAUAUCCAAGCGCUAUCAAAGAAAUACAGGCAGAGGAAAAGAAGUAUGUGAAGGACCGGUUUUUUAACCCCAAGAUACUGGAGAUCGUGAAUAAGAUGAAAGAGGACAGACUGACGUUUCUUCAAGAUAGAGCGGCGGCAUCAGGUGAAGCACCGUAACCGGUUGUAUGGACUGCCUGACUAGUCAUCAUCCGAACGAUCGAUAUUUAAACUUGGGUAUGCUUAGUUGGUGUUAUAAAAUAAAUUUGCUGUACUUGUAUGUUUGAAAGGUAGCAAGUAAAAAAGUUAGUAUUUUUUCGAUUGAAAUAGGUCAUUUCUAUAUCACAGCCUUUUUCAGUAUUUUCUUCAUUGUUACCGAGUUUUUUACUUCCCAUAUUCCUGUAGCCUUAACUUUAUGGUGGUUUUACCAUAAUUAUGCUAAGCCCAAUCAAACUAAAAA